GUUAGUGUUGAUCCAAGAAUAGUGAACUGCAUUGUAAGAAGUUCCGACUUCCCAGUAGGAAGCUCUAGUCAAGCCUGGCUGACAAUGGAAGAAGAUUGAGUGCUUGGCCACUUCACGAUGGAGAAUUUGUUAAGGUUGAAUGCUUGAUUUAUAUUGUGAUCGUUCAGCAUGUGGCUAUGUGAUAUAGGGUUUCAAGAUUCUAAUUUUUGUAUCUAAGGUAAUUCAGGGAAGUUCGCUAUUGACUGCCAUGGAAAUCUUUGCUCUAACUCAGAGGCUCUUUCACGCUGAGAUCAGAAAACUGCUAUUGAUCAUUGGGUUGGCAGUUUCUAUCAUAAUUGUUUUUCAGUGUUUUGGACUUCCCUAUGGGAAAAGAUUUUCGUCAUCACCUGCUAAUAAGGGUUCAAUAGGUAGGCUGGUUAGCAACGCCACCAUUUUAAAUAAUUUGAACUUGGGUAAACUCUAUGUUGAUAAUGUGGUGGCAAACAAUGCUAAUGGCUCUGGUUCCAAGGAAGAAGUGAGGUACAGGAAUAAAACACCAGAAGCAAAUGCCGAUUCUGAUGUGGCAUCCAAUGUUGACAGAUACCUUGAUGAUUCUUUUCAUAAAUUCAAGGAUCAAAAUUCCGAUGAUAUGACAUCAAAGCAGAGGAUAACCCAGGGUAAGAAUUUGAUGAAUGGAUAUGUUACUCGUACAGAUGAUAGUUCUACUCAAGUGAAUGCUGCAGAAAUUCUGCAUAAUCACCUAGGGAUGGUGGAAAAGACAAAAAACAGCGAGAAGAUUACCAACGAUCCAAAAGCCACCACUGGCUAUGGUGUUGUGCCAUUUGUAUCAGCUGUAGUUGCUACUAAAGGCCUACAAAACUUGGAUCCUAAUUCAUCAACUUCUGGCUCAUUCUUUGGUGCCAACUUAUCUUCAGUGAGCAAUGGCAAAAAAUCUAUGGAAACCCGACAGAGGAAAUCUAAGCAGCCCAUAUCAGUAUCCCAGAUGAAUGUUUUAUUGCUUCAGAGUAUUGAUUCUUCUCAUUCUUCGAGACCAAGAAAGUCUUCAGCACGUGAUCGUGAACUUCUAUCAGCAAAACAAGAUAUUGAGAAUGCUCUUAUUUCAAGAAAGACUCCAGCACUUUAUGCAUCUGUUUACCGGAAUAGUUCCAAGUUUAAAAAGAGUUAUGAGAUAAUGGAACAAACACUCAAAGUUUACAUAUAUAAAGAAGGUUUAAAGCCCAUAUUUCAUCAGCCAAUGCUGAGGGGAAUUUAUGCCUCAGAAGGAUGGUUUAUGAAACUCAUAGAAGGAAACAAAAAGUUUGUUGUGAGAGAUCCCAGAAGAGCUCACUUGUUUUACCUACCCUUUAGUUCAAAUAUGCUUAGGAGAGCACUAUAUGGACAAGACUUUCAACAUUUCCAGGACCUACAGAAAUAUCUUGGGGAUUAUGUUGAGUUGAUUGCAGGAAAAUAUAGCUUCUGGAACAGGACUGGAGGUGAAGAUCAUUUUUUUGUUGCUUGUCAUGAUUGGGCGCUCAAAUUGACAAAGCACAUGAGAAGUUGUCUUAGAGUUCUUUGCAAUGCCAAUGCUGCUAAAGACUUCAAAAUAGGAAAGGAUACCACUCUCCCAGUUACAUACAUACGUUCUGCAGAGGCUCCGUUGGAAAAUCUUGGAGGAAAGCCUCCUUCAGAGAGAAGCAUUCUGGCCUUCUUUGCAGGGGGGAUGCAUGGUUAUCUCCGACCAAUCCUACUGCAGUACUGGCAGAAUAAAGAACAUGACAUGAAAAUCUUUGGACCAAUGCCUCGUGAUAUUGAAGGUAAAAGAACUUACAGAGAGCAAAUGCAAAGUAGCAAGUAUUGCAUAUGUGCCAGGGGUUAUGAAGUUCAUACACCAAGAGUGGUUGAGGCCAUUUACUAUGAAUGUGUGCCAGUUAUCAUAUCAGAUAACUAUGUGCCACCCUUCUUUGAGGUGUUGAACUGGGAGGCCUUUGCUGUUUUUGUUCAAGAGAAAGAUAUCCCUAAUUUGAGAAAUAUUUUGCUCUCUAUCCCUGAGGAGAAGUACUUGGAGAUGCACUCUAGAGUGAAGCUGGUGCAGCAGCAUUUCCUUUGGCACAAAAAGCCUGUUAAGUAUGACUUGUUCCAUAUGAUCCUUCACUCGGUCUGGUACAAUAGAGUUCUUCACAUAAAAACUAGAUGAAGGAUUUUAUUCUUGAAGUUCUUGGAACUGGGAAAGAAAGGAAGAAAGGGGGCAUAAGCCACGGGUGGAUUGCUGAUGAUUUAUGCACUCAUUUAGGGAGACUGAGAAGUCCAAGUUUGCUGAUACAAAUUAUUCAUCAGUGUAUAUGAAAUGAAACUGACUGAUAUUGUUAAAGGUUCAGUGAACAAUUCGAGAACAAGUUGUCAUCUGGCCUAUGCAGCUGUCACUGAUGGUGCAAUAAGGCAAUAGCUCUAUGGUCAUAUGUUAAGCUUGUUUCCGUGCGCCCCCUGACUGAAGCCAAAGCACUCAAAGCAGUAGUUGCUACCAUUCACCGGUUGUGAGCUUAUGCCCUUUGAACGAUCUAGCUUGGUCUUCAAGUUUCUCGGCUGUACAUAUGAUAGAUCCUAUUGUAAUGAAUUCUUAACCUAAUUGAUCAUUCUUUUA